AUGGACGCCAUGGCAGUGCCUCAACCCGAUGAAGAAGGGCCAAUGGCGUCUCAACGUACUAUACGCAAUCGAAAAUAUUCAUUGUACGCCUCUCGAAUCAAACCACUUAAUAUCGAAACACCUGUCGAAGAGAAGGUGCCUCAAGUACCCGAUAUACCCUCGUUACCCGUCUCCCCGCGAUGGGAUUCGCUUUCUCAUGGGCCACAUUUGUUAAAUCAGAGUCCAACCCCUGGAUCCAGACAAUCACCAACUGUGCAACCCGACUCUACAGCAGCCCAACCGUUCCCCCCUCUGGUCGGAUCUGUUGCAUCUCCCCCUUUGCAAAGCCCUCGCAGUCUGAGGACAGGCACGCCAGAGCCCCGAAACGAGUCACCCUCUCGGUCGGUUAGGACGAAAACCUCCUUGGCAGAAAUGCGUUCCGCAGAUGGCGCCCCAGCAAUUGAGAAUUUUUCAAGACCCCGAAAACAAAGCAUGCGUCAGACUGGACCACCCGAUGGCCUUCAUAGCCCAGACCCGGUCAGGCCGCGAAUGGCUAACCUGCCAAAUCCCACUGACCGCUUGCUCGAUAUUACCAACUCGUUACCACAAACACCGCCAUGGCAACGAUCCAGGCGUCCUUCCGCCUCGUCUGUCAAAUCGUCAUCCACUUAUGCUUCGCCGAUACCGUACACCAAUGGAGAGUUGAUUGAGCCAAGAACUCAUCGUACCAGAAAUGUCACUGGACCACCCGCUCUUGCAUCCGCUCGGACGCCAAUCCCUCCCGGUCGCCCCGAGUAUACCGUUUCAACGCCGCUGGCAAGCCCAGGUCCUGGUGGGCCUGCACCAUGGAUGAGCGGGGAUGAAUUGCGGUCGAGUUUCAGAUCCCAGCUCACUGCCUCAACAACCCCUGGCACUGCUGUUACAGAACGCAGCAGUGUUCUUACAAAAGACAGCUCUGUCACCUCACUCGAUAAUCCUGACGAGCCUAGUUUGGAAGAUGUUAUGGGCAUGUACGAAAAGGGCUUUGCGGACGACGAGGAUGAAAACGAAAGUGACUUUGAUGACCACGAGAGCGAAGGCAACCUUGACUCAAGACCGAUGACUGCCAUAUCCGAGCCGGACGUUCGAACAGCUCCCGCUGUACCAACUGUUCCGAUGGUUACUCCUAUUGCUGACACACGCCUCGCGCCGCCAGCACCAACGGCGCGUUCUACAUUGGAUGCCGAAAUUCGUCAAUCGAGACUAAUCUUCACCAGUGCAGCUUUCAAAGCUUCUGUGGCUGCGAUUGCAGGCAAGACGGAUAUGGACAUGGCCGAAAAACGAGACUCGGCCAAAUCACUGGAUUCUGAGCCAUCAAUUACCUCAGACCCUGCAGCUACCAAGGAGGUUCAAAAUCCUAUUACUUCUCCCUCUACCAGGUCACCAUCCCCAGCAGCACCCAGUCCCAGUGCCCCACAGCCGGCUCCUAGUCCCGUACCAUCAAUAGGCAACUCGAUGCCAAUCGAGCCAGAGGAUCCUGGCUCGCGUGAUCGCUAUGGCUUCAAGAAGGCCAAUCAAUCCAUUACCAGAGACCAGUAUGAUUCUUGGAACAAAGAAUAUUCCGUGUAUCUGGCUCGAAGACGGCGAAAGUGGGUAUCGUAUCUCAAGGACUGUGCCUUGAUGACCGAUCGACCUAUACGAUUUCCAUCCCCCAACGCGAAGACGAAGCGUUUCGUGCGGAAGGGAAUACCACCAGACUGGCGCGGAGCUGCGUGGUUUUACUACGCUGGUGGGCCUGCAAUCUUAGCAAAGCACUCCGGUUUAUACGAAAAACUAUUGUACAAGCCAGCCAAACAGGUGGACAUUGAAGCAAUUGAGAGGGAUCUGCAUCGGACGUUCCCAGAUAACAUUCAAUUCAAACCAUCAGCCAAUGUUGAGUCCGUCCCGAACAGCGAGCGGACCAGCCAGUCGACAAUGCCGGCAUCUUCUGGCGACGACAACACCCCGGGACCGCCAGCAGCAGCACCGAAUGAACCACCAAUCAUUACAUCCCUCCGCCGUGUUUUGCACGCUUUUUCCGUCUACAAUCCGCGGAUCGGCUAUUGCCAGAGCUUAAAUUUCCUAGCGGGACUGCUGCUGCUUUUCGUGGAGACGGAGGAGCAGUGUUUCUGGUUGCUGAAUGUAAUUACCAUAAUAUAUCUUCCAGGAACACACGACAUGAGUCUCGAAGGCUCAAAGGUAGACUUGGGUGUGCUCAUGACGGAGCUGCGCGAUACAAUGCCGACGGUAUGGGACAAGAUUGGUGGCGAACUGGAGAACCUGCCCUCUGGCAGGCCCAAUACUAGCAAGUCUGUCCGCAAAGCCAGACCUAUCUUACGACGCCGCGAGCAGCAGGGGCUGUCUACAGAACGCCUGCCGCCGAUUACGCUGUGCAUGACAGCCUGGUUCAUGAGCUGUUAUAUUGGCACAUUGCCGAUUGAGACCACGCUCAGAGUUUGGGACGUUUUCUUCUAUGAAGGUUCAAAGACGCUCUUCCGCAUUGCGUUGGCAAUUUUCAAGAGUGGCGAGAGCGAAAUCAAGGCUGUCAAGGAUCCAAUGGAAAUGUUUGGCGUCGUGCAGGCAAUUCCACGGCGAAUGCUGGAUGCCAAUGCACUCAUGGAAGCGUGCUUCAAGCGUCGAAACGGAUUCGGCCACCUUAGCCAGGGUGCCAUUGACGAACGUCGACUUGAGAGACGCGAGAAGGCGAGGCAAGAACGAGAAGAGAAGCUUCGCCGCGAAAAGACGGACCUCACCGGCAAUAUGACGGAGGUUGAAUCGGGGGUAUCACGCAGAGGGACGCUGUUUGGCAAGAAGAAAAGCACCAAUCUGAGAGCCGCCGAGGUGUAG